GUUGUGAACGCUAAGUGACUCAAACUUAACACGAAGAAGAAGCUAUUCUCCUUUUGAAACAUGUGGGGGGGUUUUUUCAUUUGUUUUUUUCAGAUUGUAUAAAUAACUUGUUAUUUGAUUUUUUUUAUUGAGAAUGCCACUGGAGUACACAAGUCAGGUGAGUUUCUGAUGUUUCUGAUAGAGAGAAGAAAUGCUACUGCUUAGUCCUCGACUCAAACUAACGUUAUUUGGGAUGCCAGCACGGCGGAGUUACAGACUCCCUGCUCUAUCGGUGCUGACUAGGCGGAUAUUUUUCCGGUGUAACGUUAGAGCUGGAAAUAGACGGUCCCGGUUGAUUGUAUAGUAGGUGAGGUGACUAAAAAUAUAAUAACAGCACAUUUACAUUUGUAGCUAACAGUUGUAAGAACAUCGUAACAAAUGUUUACCAACUCUACACUGUAAUUGAACUAAAUAGCUAACUUAACUAUUUAACUUCAUGCUACUAAUACUUGCUAAAUUCUCUUCAUGUAUUUAACACACAUGACAAACAUGAGAUAUGAUAGAAAUAAGUUAAAUAACAUUGCCAGACAAGUAGCAAGUCAAACAAACAAAACGACACAACAUCUAGUGUUAUAGAGCCAACCUGGGACUUAGGAUCGGUCAGGACCACCCACACCGGGGGCCAACACCAUCCCAGUGGCCUGUAGCGUACUCUAGGUAGACGGACGGACGGACGGGCACCACAACCUCUGGGAUGAUACGGAAGAGCAGCAGUGGUACUGGAGGAGGAGAAGAAGAAGAGAAUAAUACAAAACACCAACAGAACAAACAGCAUCGCGCCAGCAUCACCACCCAGGGCCCGUCUCGUCUCUCCAACAUGGGCCGGAGCUCCAGGACCACCAACCCACUGGGGAGUAUGGGUCUUGGGUCCACCGUGGUAGGAGCGCCCGGGGUAGAUCCGGACUAUGUGAUGCAGCUGGUGAAUGACGUACGGAGGUUUUCCGAUAUGCUGCUCAGCCUUGAAGAAGCCUUCCGUUCUGAAGAAAGCCACGAGGGACUCCCUCAGCGGGUACAGGAACGGUUGAGCGAGCUGCUCCGUGUUCUCAAGUCUGUCAUCGGCAAACACCAGACCCUCAACUCUGUAGACAUCCUCAGGGCUGCCGGCACCGUCAUCACUAAGGUCAAAGGCAUUAACUUCACGGAAGUGAACCAAGAAAAGAACAAGGUUAUAUUCGGCGAGAUAUACGCGUCCAUUGACAGUUUGGCAUUCACAUUUGGCAAUGUAGUGUCUGACUUCCUUAUGGGAGAUGUGGACAGCCAAUCAGGGUUGGGGAUCCCCCAGACCAGAAGAAGCAGGUCUUUUGAGAACCUCUCUGGGGAUUCUGGGAACUGUAGUUAUAGUGAUAACGUUACUCUUUCAGUGGCGCUGUCUAAAGAGGAGGAAGUUGACGUGAUCCUGCAGAAGAACGACAGCGGGGUGGAGUCAGCUCUGCUCUAUGCAAAGGCCUGGUCCAAGUACACCAAGGAUCUGCUAGCCUGGGUCGACAAACGCCUGGGACUGGACAUUGAAUGUGCCAAAAGUUAUGCCAAAAUGGCAGAAUCUGCAAAGACGCUCGCAAGUCAACAGGACUACAUGCCGUUCAGAGAUAUCUAUAUUUCUACGUUUAAGAAUGACAUUGAGUACAGCCAACUCCUCCUGCAGACUGCCACUGCCCUGCAGACCAACAAAUUCAUACAGCCGCUGUUGUCCAGAAAGACUGAGCUGGACAAACUGAGGAAAGACAUCAAGGAGCAGUGGCAGAGAGAACAGAAGAAAAUGCAAGAGUCCGAGGCGGCUCUGCGUAAGGCUCGGUGGACCCAGGUCCAGAGGAGAGACGAGUACCACAAGGCCCAGUCGUCAGCCAGCCGCUCCCAGGAGGAACAGUCCAAACAGCUGGACAAGAAGAGGAAACUGGAAGAGGAGGCUCUUCAGAAGGCUGAGGAUGCCAGAGACCAGUACAGAGUGUGUGUAACUGAUGCAGGGACCAGGAGGGCAGAGCUGGCCAGCACCAAGACAGACUUCCUCACUCAGAUCAGAGAACUGGUGACUCAGUGUGACCUCACACUCAAAGCUGUGACAGUCAACUGGCUCCAGCUGCAGCAGGCCCAGACCUAUUUGAAAGUGACAGUCAACUGGCUCCAGCUGCACCAGGCCCAGACCGUGUCUCUACCCGGCCACUACCAGGCCCAGACCGUGUCUCUCCCCGGCCACUACCAGGCCCUGUGUGGAAACGCCAAGAUGUACGAGCCUGGACAGAGAUACGCCGAGUUUGUCAGAAAUCUUCCCAAAGAUCAGAUACACAUGGAGUCCUUCUCCGUUGAUGAACGGUUUUCUGUGUUCAACAAGCGUUCGACGGGCAGCACCAGUUCCCAUAGUAACCUGUCCCAGGUGUCCCUCAUCUCCGGUGACGUCCUGAGUGGCGACGAGGUGGAUAGUCCUCUGGGGUCACGACCUGGAGAAAGGUCCAACAGCGCCACGGACACACAAGGUCUGAGAGGGGGACAGGGCCCGUUGAGAGCCUGGGCAUCAAGUGUCCAGGACAGGGGGAUGUGUAGUGACUCAGAGAGUGCUGGCGGCAGCAGUGAGUCCCAAUCCAUGGACUCCCCCACAGCGAGCCCAGGUGACUUUAAACGCAGACUACCCAGAACCCCCUCCACUGGCACUAUGUCCUCGGCAGACGACCUCGAUGAGAGACAGCCACCUUCACCCUCAGACAAUGGUCUGGGUGAGAUGGUGACAGAGACGGCCAGUUCCCCAGGUCCGUUUCGUAACGCCCAGAUGUCCAAGGCGUCUCAGACACACAAGCUGAGGAAACUCAGAGCUCCGUCUAAAUGCAGGGAGUGUGACAGUCUGGUGGUGUUCCACGGAGCAGAAUGUGAAGAGUGCUCCCUGGCGUGUCAUAAGAAGUGUCUGGAGACUCUGGCCAUCCAGUGUGGUCAUAAGAAACUGCAGGGACGACUACAACUGUUUGGGAUAGACUUCACCCAGGCAGCGAAGAACAGCCCAGAUGGGAUCCCCUUCAUCAUCAGGAAGUGUACCUCUGAGAUAGAGAACAGAGCGCUCAACCUCAAGGGAAUCUACCGUGUGAACGGGGCUAAGUCUCGUGUGGAGAAGCUGUGUCAGGCGUUUGAGAACGGCAAAGACCUGGUAGAGCUCUCUGACCUCUCACCCCACGACAUCGCCAACGUGCUCAAACUCUACUUGAGACAGUUACCAGAGCCGUUGAUCCUGUACCGCUACUAUAAUGACUUCAUCGGAUUGGCCAAGGAGAGCCAGAGGGUGAUCAUCGAAGAGAAGGCUGUAGCCAGGGCCCUCCAGGAACAGGGGAGGCCAGGGGGUGAACAACCCCGACCAGGAGGCACCCAGCCUGGGGUAGAGGGAGAGCAGCCUCCCCUGACGACCAGCCAACCUGGAGGAGGAGAGCUGCCCAAACAGCCCAGUAUCAAACUCAACAGAGUCAUCUUUAAGAUUAGAGACCUGUUACGACAGCUUCCUCCUGCACACUACAGGACCCUCCGCUUCCUCACGGCACACCUACAUAGGGUGACGGAGCAGGCAGAGGAGAACAAGAUGACAGCCAGUAAUCUGGGCAUAAUCUUUGGCCCUACGCUGGUCAAACCCCGACAGACUGACGCAGAGGUCUCCCUGUCUUCUCUGGUCGACUACCCCUACCAGGCUCUGAUGGUGGAGCUGCUGGUACGUCACUUCCAGGUGAUCUUUGACUUCCCCUCCUCCUACCCCCCCACCACCACCUCCACGGUGGGCCAGUCCUCCCCCCGACUCACCCCUCAGGAGAAGGAGCAGAGACUCAGCCGCCACUCCACCUCCCUGCUCGACAUGAAGGAGAGUGCCAAAGUCGACAAGAGGCACUCGUCAGUCAUCCAGUCCUCUCAAACCCUGGAUGAUGUGAGAGAGGUGAAGACAGACAGGACAGGACCAGACAGGAGAGAGUUAACAGCCGGCUCCUCCUCCUCUGCUGCUGGCUCCUCCUCCUCUGCUGCUGGCUCCUCCUCCUCCUCUGCUGCUGGCUCCUCCUCCUCCUCUGCUGCUGGCUCUGCCUCGGUUCAGAGAUCUACCCUGGUGUUUGGCCGUCCCAGCCUCAACCUCUCCUCCUCUGCUACGGCCCCGAAGGUCCAGCUCCGGCCCCAGCGUGCUAGAAUCCUGUCUCGACCAAUCAGCAUGCCCCUGGAACGCUUGCCCCUCCCCACCCCCUCACAGGUGCUCGACAGAAACAGCCGUAACAACAACGCUGCCAUCACGAUGGAUCCCACCGCUAACACCGUCGUGGAGUCAGCCGAGCCGGAGAAGCCUCGGAUUGGUGGGGGGUCAAGGGUCAGUACCUAUUACAUCGACACCCAGCAGGCCGUGCAGCGGAGGCCCUGGGACAGGAAGUACAAACACUACGACGUCACGCCACGCACCGCCAUGAUCAUGGCUAACUUACCGCCGGCCGGUACUAACCCUGGCCCAAAACCGGGGAAACAGCCAACGAUGCCGACACAACUGCCCGUGUCUGGGCCAACCAGCUCUGCUCUCCCAUCCAGUAGUUUCAGCACUAUAUUCCCCUACAACCCAUACACAGUGUCGCUGAAGGCUGGCCAGGCGUCCACAAGAGACAGAGAGGAGACUAAGGACAGGUCUGCUGCUGGAGGUGGUGGGGAGACCAGAACAUCUACCAACUCCCCCAUAAAGUUCAGACAACCAAGGAUUCUGCAGCCUCCACCCGGAACCUUCUAUAAGCCUUCUGGUUAUUCAGGCGCCAGAGGCUGGCCAUCAUUAAGUACCUCUGGGACCACUAGCCUCACCAAAAUGUCCCCAACUUGUCCUACUGUUAAAGCCUCUUCCCAGACUUCUCCUACUGUUAAAACCUCUUCCCAGACUUUUCCUACUGUUAAAACCUCUUCCCAGACUUCUCCUACUGUUAAAACCUCUUCCCAGACUUCUCCUACUGUUAAAACCUUCUCACCAACCUCCCCUACUGUUAAAACCUUCUCACCAACCUCCUCUACUGUUAAAACCUUCCCAACCUCCCCUACUGUUAAAACCUUCCCAACCUCCCCUACUGUUAAAACCUUCUCACCAACCUCCCCUACUGUUAAAACCUUCUCACCAACCUCCCCUACUGUUAAAACCUUCCCAACCCCCCCUACUGUCACUGCUCCUCUCCCCCUCUCUUCCUCCCAAUCAUCCAGCAUGACCUUCUCCUCUUCUCCUAUGGUUACCACCACCACCCCAUCCCCUACUGCCACAUACACCCUUCAAACCUCACACCUCCCCACACAUACCCUACAGGACUCUGUGGACAGCUCUGUUAGUGUUGACCCCGAGGUCACGACCUCCGCCGACCUUUCCCCCCGCCAGUCCCCUCCCCCCAGCAGCCCAGAGGACCCCAGCCCGCCCGAGGUCGUCCCGCUGCAACAAAGACUGAGACCCCGGCCCAGACCCGGCGCUCGCCUGCAGGAGUUAGAACACAGAGAGGCCCAUUUUGUCUGAACCGUAAAAGUAGACUUCAGUAGUCUGAUAUCAUCACACACAGACAGGGCCACACCAUUGGCCAAGACUACUGGUAUGUCUUUAAGAACAGGGAGGGCAACACCUGGCAAGAACCAAUGGUGCAACUGUUGGGAGAUACAGUGCCCUUUGCGAAAGUAUUCGGCCCCCUUGAACUUUGCGACCUUUUGCCACAUUUCAGGUUUUCAAACAUAAAGAUAUAAAACUGUAUUUUUUUGUGAAGAAUCAACAACAAGUGGGACACAAUCAUGAAGUGGAACGACAUUUAUUGGAUAUUUCAAACUUUUUUAACAAAUCAAAAAACUGAAAAAUUGGGCGUGCAAAAUGGGCCGAAUACUUUCGCAAGGCACUGUAUUUGGGAGAACGUUGAUGUCUGUAAGCAGGAAGUUGUCCCCACUGUGUAUGAUGAUGUCAUAUUGCUGUCUACCUUUGAAGCCAGAUAUAUUUUGUCUGUGUGUGUGUACAGUGUGUGUGUGUGUGUGUGUGUACAGUGUACAGUGUACAGUGUACAGUGUGUGUGUGUGUACAGUGUGUGUGUGUACAGUGUGCAGUGUGUCUGCGUACAGUGUGUGCAGUGUGUCUGCGUACAGUGUGUGCAGUGUGCGUGUGUACAGUGUGUGUGUGUGUACAGUGUGUGUGUGUGUAAAUAUGUUGUGACGGUGUGUCUCUCUACCAUAUUAUAUAUUGGGGGGAACAGGACUAUUAUAUUGACGCCAAGACAAGAUGUGUGAAAGGAACCCACUGAACGUGUUACAUUACACGUGUUUCAUAUAUUCUAUGUUUACAGUCCUUACAAACAGAAGCAUGAUCUGUGUGAACAGUCGCUCCCUAGACAUGAUCUCUGAACAGUCGCUCCCUAGACAUGAUCUGUGUAAACAGUCGCUCCCUAGACAUGAUCUGUGAACAGUCGCUCCCUAGACAUGAUCUGUGUAAACAGUCGCUCCCUAGACAUGAUCUCUGAACAGUCGCUCCCUGGACAUGAUCUGUAAACAGUCGCUCCCUAGACAUGAUCUGUGAACAGUCGCUCCCUAGACAUGAUCUGUGUGAACAGUCGCUCCCUAGACAUGAUCUGUAAACAGUCGCUCCCUAGACAUGAUCUGUAAACAGUCGCUCCCUAGACAUGAUCUGUGAACAGUCGCUCCCUAGACAUGAUCUGUAAACAGUCGCUCCCUAGACAUGAUCUGUGAACAGUCGCUCCCUAGACAUGAUCUGUGAACAGUCGCUCCCUAGACAUGAUCUGUGAACAGUCGCUCCCUAGACAUGAUCUGUGAACAGUCGCUCCCUAGACAUGAUCUCUGAACAGUCGCUCCCUAGACAUGAUCUGUGAACAGUCGCUCCCUAGACAUGAUCUGUGAACAGUCGCUCCCUAGACAUGAUCUCUGAACAGUCGCUCCCUAGACAUGAUCUGUGAACAGUCGCUCCCUAGACAUGAUCUGUGAACAGUCGCUCCCUAGACAUGAUCUGUGUAAACAGUCGCUCCCUAGACAUGAUCUGUGUAAACAGUCGCUCCCUAGACAUGAUCUGUGAACAGUCGCUCCCUAGACAUGAUCUGUGAACAGUCGCUCCCUAGACAUGAUCUGUGAACAGUCGCUCCCUAGACAUGAUCUGUGAACAGUCGCUCCCUAGACAUGAUCUGUGAACAGUCGCUCCCUAGACAUGAUCUGUGAACAGUCGCUCCCUAGACAUGAUCUCUGAACAGUCGCUCCCUAGACAUGAUCUCUGAACAGUCGCUCCCUAGACAUGAUCUGUAAACAGUCGCUCCCUAGACAUGAUCUCUGAACAGUCGCUCCCUAGACAUGAUCUGUGAACAGUCGCUCCCUAGACAUGAUCUGUGAACAGUCGCUCCCUAGACAUGAUCUGUGAACAGUCGCUCCCUAGACAUGAUCUGUGUGAACAGUCGCUCCCUAGACAUGAUCUGUGAACAGUCGCUCCCUAGACAUGAUCUCUGAACAGUCGCUCCCUAGACAUGAUCUGUGAACAGUCGCUCCCUAGACAUGAUCUGUGAACAGUCGCUCCCUAGACAUGAUCUGUGAACAGUCGCUCCCUAGACAUGAUCUGUGAACAGUCGCUCCCUAGACAUGAUCUGUGAACAGUCGCUCCCUAGACAUGAUCUGUGAACAGUCGCUCCCUAGACAUGAUCUGUGAACAGUCGCUCCCUAGACAUGAUCUCUGAACAGUCGCUCCCUAGACAUGAUCUGUGAACAGUCGCUCCCUAGACAUGAUCUGUGUGAACAGUCGCUCCCUAGACAUGAUCUGUGUGAACAGUCGCUCCCUAGACAUGAUCUGUGAACAGUCGCUCCCUAGACAUGUUCUGUGAACAGUCGCUCCCUAGACAUGAUCUCUGAACAGUCGCUCCCUAGACAUGAUCUCUGAACAGUCGCUCCCUAGACAUGAUCUGUGAACAGUCGCUCCCUAGACAUGAUCUGUGAACAGUCGCUCCCUAGACAUGAUCUGUGAACAGUCGCUCCCUAGACAUGUUCUGUGAACAGUCGCUCCCUAGACAUGAUCUCUGAACAGUCGCUCCCUAGACAUGAUCUGUGAACAGUCGCUCCCUAGACAUGAUCUGUGAACAGUCGCUCCCUAGACAUUUGGAACAAGCAUUUAGGCUGUUAUUCAAUCUAUUGCAGAUACAGGAUUUCCAGAUAACAGAGGACAAACUUUUAUAUCAAAGGUUAAUUUUCACGUGUAGCUGUCCAUUUCUGUGUGCGAGUGUCAACUCAAUAAAAUACACUUCUCAAACCGC